UUGUGUAGCUUUCGGAUCAGUUACCGAUAAAAUGGAGAAUGUGUCGGCGCAUUGGUUUCGUCAUGGGUUGAGGCUGCAUGACAACCCGGCCCUUCUGGAAGGGUUUUCUCGAGCAUCGAAGGUCUUCGCCUUCUUUACUUUCGACGGUGAAAGCGCCGGAACGGGAUGGAUCGGUUACAAUCGGAUGAAGUUCAUUUGCGAAAGUCUGGCUGACCUGGACCGCAGUUUGCGGAGCCGAGGAGGUCGUUUGUGGAUUUUCCAGAAAGACGUCACCACUCUUCUGUCGGCAUUCAAAUCACGCUUCAGUCUGACGAACCUUUCGUUCGAACGUGAUUCGGAAGCUGUUUGGCAAAACCGGGACUGCGCCGUGCGUCAGCAUUGUGCUUCUUCGGGGAUUGAUUUGGUGGAAAAAGUAUCUCUGACUCUGUGGGAUCCUGAUCAAAUUCUGGAUGCGAAUGGAGGGUUGCCACCUUUGACCAUGGUGGAGUUCCUCAGCAUUGCCAAGAAGCGUGGAGAUCCUGAGAGGCCUGUGGACUCGGAAAACGUGGAUUACAGUUUCUUCGAUCUGGAGACAGCAUUUGCAAAUGACAAAGGAAUGUUGGAUGAGCUCUGCUUGUUCCCGGGUAUCCCAACGCCGGAAGAUUUUGGAAUAUUGCCCGAGCCUGGGCAAGAAAUUCGUCUCUAUAUUGGUGGUGAAACACGAGCUGAUGAAUUGCUCAUCAAACGAUUGCAGGCGAGUUCGGUUGUUUGGACUGGAAUGAUCGACUUCCCAGACUCCGGGAUUUUCUUUACAGUGGAGAAAAAUGCGAUGCAAAUGCAGAUCACGCAACCCAAUCAUGCGUUCCCGAAUCUAAUUGCUCCUCCGAUGUCGCUGUCACCGUACCUUCGUUACGGAUGUCUGUCGAUCCGGAAAUUCUAUUGGCUCUUGUUGGACAUGCGUCGAGUUGGGCUUUCGACGACGACGUGCACUUCUGCUCUGGGCCUCGUCAUGCAGCUGAUGUGGCGCGAAUACUUUUACUGCAUGUCUACGCGUAAUCCCGGCUUUGGUCGAAUCGAAGGGAAUCAAAUUUGCUUGCCUAUUCCUUGGAGCCGAGAUGAAUCUUCGCUGAAUGCCUGGAAACUUGGAGUUACGGGUUUUCCGUUCAUCGAUGCCGCAAUGCGCCAAGUGCGCCGCGAAGGCUGGAUUCAUCACGUGGCGCGAAACGCUUGCGCUCAAUUUUUGACACGUGGUGGCUUGUGGAUUAGUUGGGAAGAGGGAUUGCGCCACUUUCUGUUCUACUUGUUGGACGGAGACUGGAGCGUUUGCUCUGGAAAUUGGUUGUGGCUAUCGUCGUCUUCGUUUGAAAAGAUGCUGGAUUGCUCGGAAUGCUUUUCUCCGUCUAUGUUCGGCCGUCGAUUGGACCCAGCUGGAGAUUAUGUGAGGAAGUACGUGCCCGAAUUGAGCGGAAUGCCGACAGAGUACUUGCACGAACCGUGGUUGGCACCUUUGGAAGUUCAGAAGAAAGCUGGAUGUAUUUUGGGCGAGCAUUACCCGAAGCCGAUGAUCGAUUUCGUUAAAAGAUCGAAGAGGAAUGCGCGGAGGAUGGCGAAUUUCCGGCGACAACUGGGAUGUGCAAUUCCUCGUCAUUGUGCUCCUUCUUCUGAAGAGGAAGCCAGGGAGUUCAUGUGGUCUACUGCUGCCACGAGUGUUUUUGGACAUCACUCUCAUUCCGAAGUUUGCAGAGGAACUGAAGUCAUGGAGUGAAUUUCCAUAAAAUAUGCUUGGUUUUUCAAAGAUUCGCACAGUUACCCAGACUGGUAAUUGUACGGUAUCAUCAGAGAUAAAUGCAAGUAUUUUUAUUCAUUCCUUUUCCCCUAUUCAGAAAAGUCUUGCAAUUAUCCCCCCCCCCCCCCCUAGAGAAAUAAAUUUCAUCUCGAAUGGUAUAGUCUGUAUUCAGAUGUAAACUUGCUUAAAAAAAACUUGAAUAUGAAUUACCGUAAAGACAGAGAAUUUUCUUGAUUGAUGGUGUCCAAUUCAGUCCGAUGAAGAAUUACAUUUUUAUUGUAUUACGAUUCUGCAGACGUUAUAAAUUAAAUCGCUUGAAUGCAUUGGACAUUUAAAAAGUCUUUAUCAGUUCUUUCAAAGAAAAUGUUCGAAAAUGUGGUUUUCUUCCUUUGUUCUCUCCUUUAUUUGGCGUGACACCUCGUAGAAUUUGACGUCAUUUGACGUUUUUUUUUGUCGUCAUCCCAACUGAGACUUUGAAAUCUUCGAAAGUGAUUCCGCAUUCAACCCUGAACUGUCUUCUUCAGCUUAAUUCUUCCGCUGAUGCUUCCAAAUAAUGUAUCGUCAGUUUCAGUGCAGUUACGUCACUUUCUAAGUUAAUUUUAAAAUUCGAGUGCCCUGACUGCAAAUCGAAACUUAAGCCAUGAUUGAUACGGAAAAUUGACCACAUCGCUGGUACUCACUUCGGAAAGUUUACCGAAUCAUCCUAACUGCUUUUGUUCUCAGAGCAGUGAAACCUCCGCAAAAUUGUAGAGCACGCAAACCCGAAGCUGCUCUUUACUUCAUGUGUAAAUUCCUUUGCGCGUCUGGGCAUUAAAAAAAUAAAUCACAGGAUGGGAUGAAAAUAAUUGGUAAUUUUUGAUAUUUUUCAAUGAUGGCUUUUGUCGGACUGUGCGAAACUUUGAAAGACUCUGCGUAAACAUGGCGAAGACAAUAUCCCGAAAGACGUCUGGCACUUCUAACGGCAAACAAAAAUUUUUGGUGUUUUGGUCUUCAUCAAGAUGUUUUUAAAGCAUAAAGUAGUGUUGAUUGUCGUUUCUUUUUUGGGGUUUAGCUAAUUCUCGAUUGACGUUCGUUCUUCCAAAUGUUUUGAAUGUAUAGUAUGUAGUCCCUGUGCAAUUCUAAUUUAGAUUAGGUCAACCAGUUUUCUCUUAUUCAAUUUAGCGGUUUGGUUUCAAAAUUUUCCCUUUCGCGUCUCCGUGCGCUAUUUUGCCCCUUUUUGAUGCUUUAAAUGCUGCUGUUCGAGUAUAUUUGGCAGCCUCCUUCCGUUGGAGGAAAUCCCGUGAUUUUCCGUGCAUUUCAUUUCGUAUGUACAGCCCAUCUCAAUUGUAGUCAGGGGAGGGUUGGAGGUGAUUGUAAAGCAUUCAGCAGAGUUUCCCAUCGACUCAGACCUUGCUCAGUUAUAAUUCCAGUCAAGAUUUAGUGACUGAAAAGUAGUAAAUUGUUGAGUGUUGAAGACAUUUUAUCGUAUAUCGGUGAUACUGGAGUAUCCAGGAUCAAUUAGCUUUUUUUUCGGUGGAUCAGUGUUAUGUGAUGGAAAGGAACAUAUUCACCGUUUGAUUGUUGUUCACGUGAAUGAGAAACACCGGUAUUCCGUGACAUUCCAUGAAAUGGAUCUCAAAAUUCGCGUCUCGCGAAAGAGUUUGUCAUGCACCUCGUAGAUGAUAAAAAAAAGAAAGAAAAAAAAGUGUCAAAUGUUUGAAUUCAACGGAAAUCUUCGUGUGAUUCAGCUUCCAUUCCAAACGUAUUCGAUGUGAUUUUAUGGGACUUAUUUUUGCCAUUCACGCUUUAUUUUUGACCCCAUUUUGAUGGAUUGGUGGACUAAUGAAUGUUCCAACUACUUGUCGCA